AUUUUAUUUUCUAUACUCAAAGAUUUUAAAAUAAACAUUACAAAAGGCUAAAACCAACCCUUAUCUUCAUAUAAAUGUUUCAUUAUUCCAAUAAUUCAUCUUCAUCUUCAACCAUGUCACAUGUUUCUGGUAUUCAAGGCCAGCUUUUAGAAGUUACUGUUGUUGGGUGCACCAAAUUGAAGGAUACAGAGUGGAUUUCGCGACAAGAUCCUUAUGUCAUCGUUGAAUAUGGUAGUAAUAAAUCUCGGACAAGAACUUGUACAGAUGGUGGCAAAAAUCCUACAUUUCAAGAGAAGUUUAUAUUUACAUUGAUUGAAGGGUUGAGAGAGAUUAGUGUUGUGGUGUGGAACAGUAAUACUUUGACUUUUGAUGAUUUUAUUGGCAGUGGAAAGAUUCAAUUGCAGAAGGUUUUAUCAGAGGGAUAUGAUGAUAGCACAUGGCCACUUCAAACUAAAACUGGAAGACAUGCUGGUGAAGUGAGGCUUAUUUUUCAUUAUGCAAAUGCCAAAAAACAAUCAGCUAGCCAUGCUCCUUCCGCUCCAUCAUAUGCUGCACAUGCUCCUUCCGCUCCUUCAUAUGCUGCACAUGCUCCUCAUGUCUCAAUGUAUUCUGCGCCACCUCCGGCACCUGCAGCUCAUUACCCAGCACCAGCUUCAGCCUACACAAGUCCGUCUCCUUAUCCCUCCUACCCACCUAAUACAGCAUAUCCACCCGCCGCGUACAAUCAACCAAAUGCGUACAAUCAACCAAAUGCUUAUCCCCCUCAGCCAUACCCAUCGCCUUCUGCUUAUCCUCCACCUCCAGCAUAUUCAUAUCCUCCACCACCAAAUGCUUCGCCCUAUUACCCUCCAGGUCCCUUUCCUGGACUCUAUCCUCAGCCACCGUACUGAGAAGCAACUUUGCCAUGUCUAACUCUGCCACCGUGGUGGCCGUAAUGGCAAUAGUAUAGGCUUCUCUUUAGAACCUAUCUUGUGGUAUGCCUCGUGUAGAAAUGUAUUUCUAGUUUCGAUUCUUGAGAUUUUUUGUCUUCUCCGUGAGAAUUGUGUAUAGAAUGUUAAUAUUUGAUUUUGCUGAGAUAAAUUUAGUGCCUAUGUUGUUUUUUAA